ACAGCAAGGAUUCGGGAAAGAAAUCUCUGCAGUGCGCACUGUGCCAGAAAUUUUUCAAGCGCAAGUCGCCGCUGCGAACGCACUUGUUAGUCCACGCAGGUGUGAAACCGUACGCUUGUAAUGCGUGUGACAGGAGAUACGUAACCAAAGCGAACCUCGUCAUGCACAGUCGCACGCACACAGGCGAAAGGCCUUACGAAUGCUCGUCGUGCCCUGCCACGUUCACGACAAGUAACCAUCUAAAAACACAUACGUUGACACACACCGGGGAACGACCGCACCAGUGCGAUGCGUGCGGACAGAGAUUCGCCGACAAAUCACACCUUUUGCGCCACACGCGGACUCAUUCGGGCAAGAAAAUGUUUGGCUGCGAUGUGUGUGGCCGAAAAUUUUCGCGCAGUGAGCAUCUCCGGGGCCAUACUCGUACGCACACUGGCGAGAAGCCGUACGUGUGCCACCUGUGUCCUGCUUCAUUCGCACACUUGAAGACCCUCAAAACGCACUAUCUGUCCCACAAUGGUCAACUGCCUCAUUGGUGCAACAUAUGCGGGAAGAGGUUGACUGCAGACGAGACCCUUUCGCAUCACAAGCUUAUUCACUCGGCCAUCAAUAAGCUUCCCUGUCAGCUCUGUGGGCGCAAAUUUAAGUCUAAACAAGCACUAACAACGCACAACCGCACACAUACAGGUGAAAAGCCGUACGCCUGCCACUUAUGUCCUGCUGCAUUCGCGCGCAAGCAUUCGCUAAAGGAUCAUGUUUUUACUCACACUGGUGAGCGACCAUGUAGGUGCGAUACAUGUGGGAAGACAUUCACUACAUCUUCUGGCCUUUGCAAUCAUCAGCUCAUUCACUCAGAGAUAAAGAAAUUUAGUUGUCAGUUCUGCAGCUGGCAAUUUAAUCGGAAACAGUCACUAAUAAGCACGUACGCACGCAUACAGGGAGAAAGCCGUAUGUCUGCAACCUGUGUCCUGCUGCAUUCGCUCACAGGGAAUUGCUAAAGAAGCAUGUUAUAAGCCACACUGGUGAGCGACGUCAUGAGUGCGACACAUGACGGAAGACAUUCAUUGCAAGCUCGGGCCUGUCGCGGCACAAGCUUAUUCGCUCAGUCAUUAAAAAAAAGCUCAUC